GCCUUGGUCACACAGCUCACUGUGCCUGGCCUGCAAGGAGCCAGGAGCAGAGCACCAGCAUGGGCCCAGGGGCCAGCGCGCUGAGAGCCGUCCUCCUCCUCCUGGAUGUUGGAGGAGCUCAAGUGUUGGCAACUGGCAAGUCUGCCGGGGCUGAAAUUGACAUCAAGUACGCCCUCAUCGGCGCCUCGCUGGGCGUCGCCAUCGCUGCCGGCUUCCUGGCCCUGAAGAUCUGCAUGAUCAGGAGACACUUGUUCGAUGACUACUCCUCAGACCUGAGAAGCACACACCAGGUCCCCAACGGUGAGGGACCGGCCCGGGAAGGCACAGUGGCCCAGGCAGCCUCCCAGCGAGAGGCGCUGAGGGGACCUCCGUGGCACUGGCUAGAGAAGGACCAAGCCUGCAGUCCCCGAGCACAGCAGCCGACAGGAGACGCCGUGCCCUUGCUGUGCCCGCGUCUCUCUCUGCGUCUGCUUCUGUCUCCUCUGUCUCUCUGUCUCUGUCUCUCUGCCUCCCUCUGUACUUUUCAUUCCGCUCUCAGUAUUCCUGAGAAUUGAGUUUCCUGGAGAAAGGCGGCAAGACGAGCUGCAGCUGGGUUCAGUCAGAAAUUUCUAUUCUCUGUCCACACGAUGGAAUCAGACAGAAUCGGCCUCGGGCGGAGUGGGGCUGGUCUCAGUGCGGGUCGGUGGUGGUGGCAGGUGCUGUCCACACUGCUUACGCGGUCGAGUGGCAUCAUUCUGUUCCCGUGGAUCGGGUGAGUCCCGCUCGGACCAGUGUCAGGCCGGGUGACGCACGGCUGGCCCCGUGCCCCGCAGUGCAGGGAGUGGCUCCCAGGCCGGUGCCCAGCAGCCAGUCUUCAGGUUUCAUCAGCAAAAUGCAACGUUGACUGGCAUCCCCUCUCUCUUAAGGUGUCACCACAAAAUCAUCCUGUGUCGUGUUACACUGCUUAAGGCAACGAUGACGCAGUUUCGCAGAGAUCCUGAGAUGCAAGCGUGUCCCGUUGCACAAGGGGCUUGAUCUGGCAUAGGAGUUUGUUUACCAUGGAUUUUGUGUCCCUGUAAAUAAAGGGGAGGAAACAGCCUCUUUCCCCACGCAGUCAGGCCCCGCAUCACUUGAGGACAUCAGUGAGCUAGAGCCGCGAUCCCCAGCCUUUUUGGUACCAGGGACUGGUUUCACAGAAGAUGAUUUUUCCACAGACCAGGGUUGGGGGACGCGGGGAGCUCUGUGGCCCGGUCCCCCGGUGGGGACUGCAGAACUAGAGGGCCUGGGAGCUGCAAGUCCGGGGGCCGGGGAGUGGGGAGGCGAGGGCUCUAGGAAAGAGCCCUCCUGCCUAACGCCCGCUUUCUCCGUCUAGACGCCAUGCUGCUGAAGAAGAGAGCUCCAAGGCUAAACCUCCAUUUGUCUGAAAGAGAUGCACGAGUGAUUGAGCUCUAGGUAACGGUUCCAUCAGGAGGGGUCCAGCAGUGUAGACGACCACUCGCAAGCAGUCACAGCCUCAGGACGCCUAGAAUUCGAACACCCGUGGCUGGUGAUAGACCUUCAUAUGGACUCAAUACUGGAGGCAAGUAAUGGAAGGAACAGAACCUACUGUCCCUGUGUCCUCAAGGAAAAUGCCGCUCCUCUUCUGCAAGAAGCUGGCUGCACAGAGGGAGGCCUGAGUGCUUUAGCCAGCAGUAAGAAAAGACCAAAACCAAAAAAUUCACACCGCCUGUCAGAGUCCCCUGUGUUGGAGCUGGUCAUGCUUCUACGAUGGCAUCGUGUUCAUGUCAGUGGAACCUACUUACAGCAAAUGGCUCAUGGAAAUGGGAAUCGAACCCAAGCCACAACUUCCUGAGCACUACCAUCUCAUCAACAGCUAAGCGGCACUUUCUAGAACCAUUGGCCUCACCUUCUUAGCUUCCAGGAAAAUCCUAUAUUAAAGACAGACCCUGUGAACACCCAGGAGCCCUGAAACAUGGGGACCGUGAGACGGUCUCUAGUCCUGUCUGUGAGAGUCUGACCUGGAGGGGAAUGGCAGGUGGGGCAGUGAUGGGAAGGGCCCAAUGGUCAUGACUGGGCCUACAGCUCUGCAGACCUUCCAGUGACGGCGCCCACAGGGGCUGAGUGAGGAAGCAGAUGCCGGGCCUUGUACAGAGCUAUGCACGAAAGCUGUUAUUGCUAUCCUUACGUCAUUACUUUGCGGUUAUUAUCACAACUUGCAUAGCUUUUGCAGGAAGGACACAAAUGGCAGAGGCCCAGGAAACCCAUGUCCUUCAAUUAUUGCUGUCAAACUAGGGUUCUGUGGUAUAGACCCCACGAACAUUCCUCUCGCCCGUGAUCCCAGCCUGUAUUUCUGGGACCGCGUCAUGGAAGACUCCUUGCCCUCUCAUCAGCAGAGACUGCAGCAGUUCUCCUUGGACUGGGCUAUCCUCCUCACGUGUGACGAAAGAGGAGCAGUAUUUCAACACGGAGCGCUGCGUUAUCGUAAUGUGCCUGGAUUCCCAGGGCGUCUUUCAUCUGACUUGGUAACAAUGUUGUUCAUUAGCGGCCUUUGUUAACUGAUAACCGAAAGUGGUGAUGUGACGUUCAUAAGCAAUUUUCUGUGUGUAACAUAGAAUAAACCACCGUGUAAGGGAUCUGCUAAUUGAUUUGCUUCCUUUAGCAGCAUUUUAAUUAAGACAUUUGGUUUGUGAGCGGCAGGAGCAUUUCGAACUGAAGGUGAGUGCUCCAGAACCCAGAACUGUGGGUCCUCUCCCCGGCUCCACCUCGUGCCAUAUUUUCCUGGCACCACCAUGGGACUCUGGUUUUGUUUCAGCCCCACACAAGGUUUCCUGUGUGAAAAACAGAGAAAUACGCUGAAGACCAGUGUCCUCGCCUCAGGUGGUAAAGGCUGAUGUCAUCUGGGAGGCAGAAUAUGCUGGGGACCCUUGGCACUGAGGUCUCCCUAGCCGGUGCCCCAAACCCAAGCUCAGUGGCUUCCUUCUGGGAGUCCUGCCACAGCCGUGGAAGCUCUCUGAAGCCCCUCUUCACAGCCCCUGCCCAGAGCAGCUCCUGGGGACAGGGGCUCCAAGGGGAAGCUCUUGGAAGUGACUGGCAGCCCCAACAAGCCACUGUGUCUGCAGGUGCAGUGUCUGGUGUCAGGGCCGUUCGGACACUGGUGCCUCACCCCGUGGUUAGGGAGUGUGCGAGCAGAGGGGGGGCUGGGAUAACCCCUACUCUCUCAGCCCCGUAGGCCCUGGGGCCUCCAAAACACAUACUGUUCCCCACCCCCUACCCACCCACACAGCAUGAGGAACACCAUGGCCACAGACAAGGGGACAAAUGACUCUCAAACACCAUGCUGCAGAUGGCAACAGCCAGCCAGGAUCUGACCGUAUGGCCAUGGUGUGGGGCCUGCAGGACUCAGGACCAGGAGGAGGGGAAGGUGAGGCAGGAGAGGGUUAUCUGGCAAGGUCAAUAAAUUAAAACUCAUCUAUAUAUGUAUCAAUCUAUAGAUCUAUAAAUUAAAAAUAUGUUUACCUUGAAUCUAUAAAUUAAAAUCAAUACAUUAACA